UUUUAUAUUUUUGUAUAACAAACGAAGAAGAAACAAAAGCAAUCACGUGAAAGUAAUUUACAUUGUACAAUGAGUUUACUUCGGUUUACCAUAAAAUCCACUAUUGUUGGUGGUAUCGUAUAUUACACUUACGAAGAGGGUUUGUGGUCAAAUGGAGAAGAAACAGCUAAAUUAUAUAAAAAAAUAUAUGUCAAUGUUGCUCCAUAUGUUAAGGAGAAUAUACCCAAGGAAGUUACACAGGAGCUUUCUGAACUACCAAGUGUGAUACAUAUUUCAACUUUCAUGAAAACAUCUUGGAAUAAAGGAGUUAUAAAUACCAUGGAAUUCAUAUCAAAUUUACCUACACAUACUACUAAUGGUGCUAUAAAACUCUAUGAAACAGUGGGAAAAUAUGUCAAAGACCUCAGUCAAUAG